AUGCAGCUUCCACCAGUGCACAUGUACCCCCAACAGCCCACAGAUCCUGUGGCUGUACAGGGCCAUCCAACCAUGCUGGUGUUCCCUCACGGCUAUCCAGUUGGCCAGCAUGUGGUGAUCCAGCCUGUCCACACCCCAAUCUACGGAUGUCAGCAGGUCUAUGCUUAUCCUGUCUCCGGCCAGUAUCGUCUGGUGAUGGCUGGUCUCCCGAUGGCUGGUCUACCGGGCGUCACCCAAGGUGGUCAGCCUCUGGCGCCAGCUUCUUAUUCCAUUCAGCACCACGCCCAGCCUCACCACUUUGUGGCUCCGGCUCUGACUCCUACCCCAACUCCAACCCUAGUCGGAGGACGAUUCGACGCUGUGAAUUCUCAGGAUCAUCCUGGCAAUAUCCCCAGCUACGAGAGCAUUUUCUCAGAUGCUAAUCACACUCGGGCUGUAGCUAAUGUGCACAAGACUGUGGCAGCUGUCAAGACUCCCGAGAACCCUUCAACUCCAGUCCCGACUCCAGUGACAGGUGUUGCCAACAAGAUGACAAUGACACUCUGCACUCCAAAGUCAGACAAUCAUCACUACAAGGCUGUUGCUCACUCUCUUGCUAAGACGACUGAGAAGACUGACAGUAGCGAGUACAAUGAGGAGACGAAGGGAGCUAAGGAGCAUGAGAAGGCUGUGGUCACUCCGGCUAUGACUGUUCCUGAGUCUGCUGUGAUUGAUCACACUGUCAAGCCUGCUGAGACCACCAAGCCUGCUGAGAACAACAAAUCUGCCGACGCUCUUGUCACUGCGGCCCCUGCUGCCAUCAAAGUCUCCGAGGCUAUCAAGUCUACUAAGGCUACCAAGCCUAACAAUCCUCCUUAUCGAUCCAUGUUUUCGCCACCCUUCCCCACUGAUCUGGGCGCAAUUGCCAGAAAGCAGACCGGCUACACUCCCAAAGGCCAUCUUGUCGAUUGGAAGCAGCUUGCCCUUGACCGUGACCGUGCUCAAGCUCAGGCUCAGGCUGAGGCUGAGGCUCAGGCCGUUGGCGGUGCUCCAGCGACUGGUGCCGCCAAGAAAGUAGAGACCUGGUCUUUUACUACGAUUCCCCCUGCACAUCAUUACACUCGCAGACGCUCCAACAAGAAGGCCAACGUCAUGGACAACGGCGAGAAGCGCUUCACCAACUUGGACGUGCUGGACCCGCGUGACGCCGACGUGAACCCGACCUAG